CGAGGGCAAUUUGCUUGUGGUUAUUUUGUCGCUAGCUUACGGAAGCCCUAAGCGGCCAUGCAUUCUAAAUUUUAUUUUUGUUGCGAGAAAAUCUCGCGCUUUGUGAAUGGAAUUGGUGUUACAUGCACGUUGGCAUCUUUUCCAUCAUAAAUGUAAUAAUUCCCCGCUGUAGAGAUGGACUUUAUCUCCGAAUUAAGAGAGAGGGGUGUGUGUCCCCUUCUCAAGUGUCGGACAUUAAUCUGGAAGUCAUCAAUACAACGAGGCUGUAAUGGAGAUUUCCUAUUCAGCGUGAUGACGUUUAAUGUCCGCGACAACUUCUGUAGUACCAUUUAACCACUUGUUAGCAACCGUCUUUUUCAAGACACGUAAAAGCUUUUUAUUUUAUAUUAUAAUUUGUUUUUUGUUUUUUUUAAAUACAAAUAAAAAUCCUGAGUGGAUUAUUACUGAUGUAUUUUAUGGCGUAGUAUAAAACGUGAACAUAUCUUGAGCUUGUGUUAAUCAGACCUUAUUUCAGGCGUUUAACAAAAAAAAAAAACAAAAAAAAAACCAAAAAACAAAACCCAUUGACUUCGGGACGAUGGAUGUCGAUUACAAGGGAAAAUUAAGUCUAGAUCACGAGAAAACGUCAGAAAAUAAAUAAAUAAAUAAAUAAAUAAAUAAAUAAAUAAAUAAAUAACGCAUGACCGCUUAGGGCUUCCGUACUAGCUUUAUAUUUAGAUUGAAUGUUUAGACACCUUUGCCUAACGACAAAUUUUGAGCAGACUGUAUUCAACCUUCCCCAACAUACGCUGACUUACAAACAACACCAUCUAAACAACCAGUUAAAAGAUAAAACCUUUCACAGCCACCAGCGUUACAUAUUUACCCAGAAAUAACGGAACAUGAGUGGGAAAACCCCCCCGCAAAGUUGGAUCUGUGCUCUGAUUGGCUAUGAUACGUGAAUGGGUUGUCCCAGUCUGCACGAGCGGCCUCCUGCACGACCUCACAAGUUCAGAAAGCGGCACGCGCGCAACCGCUCCAGUCUCCACUGCGUCCUGCACGGCAGUGAAUCGCAGUGUCCACCUCUGAGAAUAGACUCCCGUGUUUGCAGUGUGUCGUGAACGAUGGAAAGCAGAACUUUUGAAUGAAAGAAUCGCGCUGUAAACCAGACCAAGACCCGCGGGGAGACAUAAAAUGCACGCGGACAGAUGCACAAAACCGCGGCUCGUGCGUGAUGCAUCACAGCGACAGGCAGAAGUCCAGUUUCUGUCCCGAGCGACAGCGACACCGCGGAUAUUCCGCCUUGGCUGCACGGUCUCUGUGCAAAGCAGGCUUUUAAAACGCUAACGAUCUGAUGCACCUUUUUUUUUUUUUUUUUAAUGCAACGACAAAAAUUUCUCAGCGUGAACCCACGGUUUUAAUGGACUCUCCAAACUAUUACCGUUUGGUCACGAGGUCUACCCAAUCUAAACUCUUUAUGCGGUUCAGACAAAGACUUGUUCUGUAAAACUGCUUAGAGGGACACGAGCCCAUCAUGCUCCAUAAUGAUAACCAGCGCUAAUAAUAAUAAUAAUAAUAAUAAUAAUAAUAAUAAUAAUAAUAAUAAUAAUCCCAUUUGAGUGUCAUCUCGGGUAGCAGUGGCAAUGGCUGGUGCUUGCGGUUCAUUUAACAUCUGGAUUUGUAUAAUCGCAUGCAGGUUCACAUUACCAUUAGCUAAAUCCUUGGACACCAUCAUUUGGAGCUCGCAAAAUCCCAAGUUCCAGAGUGGCAAAGGCCUGGUGAUCUAUCCUGAUAUUGGAGACAAGGUGGAUAUUAUCUGUCCUAAGGCAGAAUCAGGCCAGCUGUAUGAGUAUUACAAGCUCUAUCUCGUGAAGAAAGAACAAGCAGGAUCCUGCAGGACUGUGCUAGACCCGUACGUGUUGGUCACCUGUAAUAAACCUCAAAUGGACAUCAAGUUCACCAUCAAGUUCCAGGAAUUCAGCCCCAACUACAUGGGUCUGGAGUUCAUUAGGAACAAAGAUUACUUCAUCACAUCCACCUCCAAUGGGUCUCUGGAUGGUCUGGAGAACCGAGAAGGAGGUGUGUGCAAAACGAGGUCCAUGAAAGUCAUCAUGAAGGUCGGCCAAAACCCCAACAUGGCAGCGCUAGACACAGAGCAGGCGGAAUCCUCUGUGCCUGAACCUGAUGCCAGUUUAAACCCUGCCAAAUCAGACCAGGAAGGACCCCUGGAAGCUGGAAACACUGAUACCAUCAACCAGGAGAACAAGAACGACAGCAUAGAAGGCAUCUUGGGCUCCACGUUUGCUGUGUUCUUAGCUAUUGGUGCUGGUUGUGUCCUCAUCCUCACUCUCAUUGUCCUCCUCACUGUUCUGCUCAUCAAAGUGUGCAAGCAUAAAAAACAAAAGCCCACACAGCCACGGCCGACCGCUCUCUCGCUCCGCACACUGGCCAGUCCUAAGAUCGUAGGGAGCAGUGGCUCUGAACCCAGUGACAUCAUCGUUCCUUUACGGACAGAGAACAACUACUGCCCGUAUUACGAAAAAGUUAGCGGGGAUUACGGGCAUCCCGUCUAUAUAGUGCAGGAGAUGCCACCCCAGAGCCCGGCUAACAUUUACUACAAGGUGUGAUCCUGGAAAAACUAAGCUCACAGGUGUUUUGUUUGUUUGUUUGUUUGUUUGUUUGUUUUUACCUUAACAGUGGACAUUGGAAGAUUUUUGUAAAAUAAGGAGGUGAAGGGAGGCGAACAUACGAGAAUCAGUUGAACGUUCAGUACAGCCUGUAUGAAAAGGAUUUGAUCAAAUGUUUGUCAUCGUAGGUUGAAGUUGAACAUUUUACCUGUUUCGUACAAGGUAUCCUGGCUACAGUGCUAUCUCAAGCUCCGUGAUCUGCCAUUCCUAUUUGCUUAGAAUGAAAAAAAUAAUGAAGUGGUUUCCUGUGCAAUACUCAAACAAACCAUUUAGGAACUAUACACUGAACCGUGGAGAUGUUUGAAAUAUUUGUUGUUAAAUUUCGCUAUUUCUGGUCGACCGUCUGGUCGUACCCGGAGCCUUUUUAAACGCUCAGGUAACCCGGCAGUAUGAGGACAUAUAAAGGAGAACAUAUGUCUGCCUUAAUAUUUAAAUGUUGAUUUUCAGUUUUGUUACUAAACGAUCAGUCGACUGGUCUUUCGCAUAUAGUUGGUAAUAAUCUUCUUCAUCAUGUGUUUAUGUACACAUUUCCAAGUACAACCAGCCUUCUGUCCCUUGUAUUUUUUGAUCCCUGUAUUUCUUGUGCUCAUGUCAAGGCAAGCAGCGGAGUAUUAUGGAUUCUGAGCAGUUCAGUGGAACGGGAUUAAUGAUGGGACACUUAUGUGACAGUAUUAAUUAUGUUAAUGAACACACACACUGAAAUGUGAAUUUGGAAGUUAGUUAAAGUAAUAAAAGAAAAAGGAUUUUAGGUCACUGACUACGUUUACACGGACAGCGGUAGUCGAAUCGCUGACCUUAUUCUGAAUAAGACGAUAUUCUGAUUAAGGUGUUUACAUGAGUCGCUUCUAGAAGAUUCCUUUCAUGUUCCCGUUUUACACGUUAUAGGACAUAGUUCGAUUAACAGCGCACGUCAUCGUUACGUCACCGCGCCACGCCGUCCGACGUCCAUCCGGAAUUUCACGUAUCGACGUACAGUUGUUCUUCGUUAUGGAACCGUAUACAGUUUCGGGUGUUUUUUUUAAAAAAAUGUACGAACGCUUCCAGUGCGGUUAAUUAUUCGUCGUGCUGUACGUGCUAAUAGACGACUGCUUGAAGCCGUGGGCUGCGUCCCAAACCGCGUACUUACCGUCUAUAUAGUAGCCGAGAUACAUGUAUCUCACCUACUAUAGGCCUACAGCGGGUAAGUACGCGGUUUGGGACGCAGCCGUGCUCUCUUCUUUGCCGUCGAACGGUUGAGCGCUGCCGUGUGUGUGUAUGCGGUGAAAACUCUCACACGACGUUAAUAGUGUGAUUAAGGUGUGUAACGCACGUCGGUAACGCGACUAAAACGGGAACACUCCACACGUCUUGAUUCCAUUCGUGUUUACUCCGAGUAGGACUUUAAUCGGAUUAAGGUCGUCAAUAAUCGCCGUUUACAUGCCAGUUUCUUAAUCCGAGUAUCGUCUUAAUCGGGCUCACAUCGGAUUAUUGUCGUCCGUGUAAACGUACUGACUGAUUGGAAAAGGUUUUAAUCAGAAUAAAGUAAAGUCGAUCAAAUAUCGUAGGGUGCAGUGUAGCUGGAAGGAAACUCGUGUGCCAAAAGCAACAGUGAAUGAACAGCCAAAAAUGAAAUCUCACAGCUGGAAGAAAUGGGGUUUAGAAACCAAGAAUCGAUUUAAGUCUGGCACAGAACUUGGAAGAGAAUAUUCAAACCGUUUCUUUUUUUUUUUAAAUUAAAAAUGUAGGAUAAGGAGAGUCGUCCGUGCUCGAAGAAAGUUCAUGUAAAAAUGAAUGAGUCAGUCAGUGGUUUAAUUAGCAGUGUGAAUAAAUGAAUGGAAUUAAUCGAUUAUAAAUUAACACUGACAUCAACUUAAUUUUAACAGUAAAACCUUGACUGCCUCUCGCCUUGCGUUUAUCUCCAUAGAUGAUGAUAGCAGUGAUGGUCCUUUUAUAGUAGAAAAAAAAAUAAGAAAGAAAUACAGCAUCAGCACCUCUAGGAGAUUGGGAGGAUUUCCUUUCUCUUUUUUACGCUUUUAUUUGUAGGUAUUGUCUGUGUUAUUUACUCACUGUACAUCUGAGACCGUGAGUUUACAUACACCUGGAUGAUCAGCGACUGUGUUUGUGUUCUGUGAGAGUUCUCCACGAGUCCCUUGUUUGUCCUGAGCAGUUAAACUUCCCACUGUUCUUCAGAAAAAUCCUCCAGGUCUUGCACAUUCUUUACUUCUCCGGCAUCUUCCGCAUAUUAACGGCGACUAUACGACGUCGAGAUCCGUCUUCUCACGCUGAGGACGACCGAGGGACUCGUACACGACUAUUACAAAACGGUGCAAACAUUCACUGAUGCUCCAGAAGGCAACACGAUACAUUAAGAUCCAGGGGGUGGGGGGUGUAAACUUUUGAACAGGACGAUUAGUGUAAAUUGCUGUUAUUUUGUUUAAAGAGCUUAUUAUUUAAAAAAAAAUUCAUUUAGUCCUUCCCUUCGGACGCUAAUUAAGAUAUUUACAUGUUUUUUCAGAAGAUAAAAUAAUAACAAUUUACACCAGGCAUCCUGUUCAAAAGUUUACACCCCCCUGGCUCUUAAUGUGUCGUGUUGCCUUCUUGAGCAUCAAUGAAUGUUUGUAACUUUUUGUAAUAGUUGUGUACGAGUCCCUCGGUCGUCCUCGGUGUCGAAAGAUGGCUCUCGGAAUCUUGGAAAGUGAUGAAAUACGCCGGAAAUGCUAGAAAACCAGAUAAUGUGCAGGACCUGGAGGAUUUUCCUUAAAGAGAGGACAGACUUGCUCAAGACAAACAAGGGACUCAUGAACAACUAGCACAACUUUUGAACUGGUUCGUAUACUCCAUUUAUUUGAGUCAAUGUAAAUACAGUAUGUGGAUAAACAUGAAGAUGAAAAAAAAAAAAAAAACUUGUUUUUUACCUGAGCGCUGUUUAAGAAACGAUACAGAAUUUUUGUAAUGAUGAUGGUUAUUUUGUAAAUCACUUUUGUAGUGGGACAGAGCUCAAGUUUCAGUACUCUACGAGAGACUCUUGCACAGCAUCCAGGCAUACCCAAAGUGCCAGCCAUGUUCGAUGUAUCCCGAUACAUUCUUUAAUGCUGGCAAGAUAUUUCUACAUAUUUUUCUAUUCGUCACCUAAGAUAGACGUUGUUGAACCCAGAUACCAAAUGAUUGGUGCCUAAGUUCGAUCUAAACCAUUCUAAGUAUAGACAUGGAAAAUAACCAGAAAAAUCUCAAUAUUGUCACAGCUUGACCACAACCACCGUUUAUUUCUAACAAGCACUUAGAUUUUUAUUAAAUAAUAGCCAUUUGAGUGGCUUCUGGGGAAAAGAAAGUACAUGAUAAUGACACCGAUAUUGCUGAGACAACCUUGACGUCACUUUUAUUCCCUGCUAUGUGAGCAUACUGUCCAAGAGGUCUCACUAUUUGCUUGAUAAUGGUCAAGCCAGAUGCAAAGCCUGGCAACAAUAAAACCGAGCUGGGGGAAAAAAAAAAAA